UCAGGUGCGGAGCCAGAAAAACAGCGCGAGAGCCCCGAGAACGAGAACGAAACUAACUGCGCGGUUUAGUUGGUGAGUACGUUCGGUCCGGUUAGGAUGUAUCCGAUUCGCGAAUCUCGCUCCCGUGUUCCUCCAUUGAUGGUGUUGUAUUUAUAAGCAAUUUGUAUCCCCAAAAAAAUAACCCGAAAAAAGAGUGUUCGGUUCGAUUGGUGAAAUAGGACAAGUGCAGACGGGAAAGUGCUUCAGGUUGAUUCUUCCGUUUAGUGAGUGCAUCGAAGUUACGAUCAAACGGCGAGGUUCAUGAUUGAAAACGGUAUCAGUGAGGUCAACAACCAUCACGAUAGCCGAAAUCUGAUUUUGCGAACGAAAGAAGUGCUACCAUGCGGCAGUGACUGUUUCUACGAAUCGAUCAUCUCCACCUGAUAUUAACGUCAUCACACCCGUACUAUAGUUUCACUUCCAUCCUAAUUUCCGCGCAAAUGUUAUUCAAGUAAAAUGCAUCAGCUCAGAAAAUGCUCCCGAAGGAAUCUCGUACUGCUGGUGUCGUUGGUGAUCGGUUACCUGCUGGUGGACUACGCCUUGAACAGCCGAGACUACGUAGACAACCGCGAGAAGAUAAGCUUGAUCGAGGAAUCGAUUCGAUCGCUAGCCAAUCAGGGAGCAUGUAAGUUACCCAACCUUCCGGUGGAUUCGCCGGAGAUGCUCAGCUUUCUCAAGGACGAGCAACCGGUCGAGUGCGGCGACGAGAACGAAGACUGGAUGUCAUGUCACAAAUCCCUAUGCAUCAUAAAACCGGACGUGGUGAAAGCCCGGGGGAAGAUCACCUGCGACAUAGCGGACAUUAUCCGGUCCGACGAUUACAAAAUUCAGUACAGUACACCGGUGAGAACGACUCACAGCUACACGCUGAAGCGAAGUGACUUUGCCCGGGCUAAGUGUUGGACCGAGUCGCGCUACCGAUGGACUGGGAUCAUCUACGGCAUUCGAGAGGACCCGGAGCUGUCCGGACGUCGCAGUUGGAACAAAGAAAACUCCCUGAACGUACUGAUCAUGGGGUUUGAUUCGCUCAGCCGGAAUGCGUUUAUUCGUAAGCUACCCAAAGCGUACAAGUACCUCACCAAAUACCUGAAGGCGGAUGUUCUACAGGGGUACAACAUAGUGGGCGAUGGAACACCCCAAGCGUUGAUACCGCUGCUGACGGGUUUCACCGAGCUGGAGUUACCGGAAACACGUAAGCGAAUGAAGAACUCCGAGUUCGUUAACGUCUACCCGAUGGUCUGGGAUGAAUACGAGCGGUACGGCUACAUUACCGCGUUUAACGAGGACGUACCACAGAUCGGAACCUUCUCGUAUCGCUUGAACGGCUUCGAUGCCCAACCGACUGAUCAUUACAUGCGCACGUACUACCUGGCGAUCGAGAGCCAACUGAGCUACUACAAAAGACUGUGCGCCGGGGCGCAACCUCGUCACAAGGUGAUGCUGGACUACACCAAAGAGUUUAUGAUAAGCUACCCCUCGAAUCCGCGAUUCGUGUUCAGCUUCCACGGGGAACUGUCGCACGAUUCGAUCAAUCUGGUCGGCGUGGCCGAUACCGAUCUCACCAACUGGUUGGUGGAACUGAAACAGCUCGGAGUGCUAAACAACACGAUACUGGUCAUGAUGUCCGACCACGGCAAUCGGUUCGCCGAGGUGCGGAAUACCCUGCAGGGCAAACAGGAAGAGCGGUUGCCAUUUUUCAGCUUUACCUUUCCCGAAUGGUUCAAGCGGCAGUACACCGAACAGUAUCGGAACUUUAGGAGUAACCUGCGCAAGCUGACGACGCCCUUCGAUGUGCACGAAACGCUUCAGGACAUUUUGAACCUUCAGACGUUGCGAUCGAAACAACGUCCAGCGCACAGCCGUGCGCUGUCCCUGUUCGACGACAUCCCCCAGAACCGGUCCUGUGCCGAAGCGUACAUCGAACCGCACUGGUGUGCCUGCCUGAAUUGGGAAACCAUCGAGGAUACCGCCUCGGAGGAGGUAUUCCGAGCGGCAAUGGCCACCGUAGAUUUCAUCAACCGCUACACCGAACGGCACCGAAGGCUGUGCGCGACGCUCAGCCUGGACGAGAUCAAGUGGGCCGCCAAACUCUCACCCCACGACGAUCUGGUCCGGUUCCGGAAGAACAAGGACACCGACGGGUUUCUGGGCGAUUUCAGCUCCGGCGGAGGAGGGACGAAGAUCGCCCACGACAUGUACCAGGUCAAGCUGGUAACCAACCCGGGGAAGGCGAUCUACGAGGCCAGCGUACUGCACGACACCACCAGCAAUCAGUAUCGAGUCAAGCUGAGCGAUAUCUCUCGAAUCAACAAGUACGGCACCCAAGCCAACUGUAUAUACGACAAGGAUCCGGAAGUGCGGAAGUAUUGUUACUGUAAGGAUUAGAUAUAUAAGGAUUUACUCUAUAUACUUGGCCAGAUGGUAACGUACCAUCAGGCUGUUUUUUCUCAAGUCAAUGUUAAUGAUAAGGAAAAAGGAGGUUUAACUUCGUUCGAAUUAUUUGAAUCUCAAAGAGACUUAUUUGCAACAAAAGCGAUAUGUUUUUAUUUUGGUUCUGUUUGGCACUAAGUGACACGAACUGAAAGUAACGUAAAAUAUUCAGGGUUUUAAUAGAAACGUCUGUUAUAGGUUAUAUUUCAAAGUUGUACCACAAAUGCACUGCUUCGAGAAGAUCUGAUAUUGAGAUACAAUUAUUUCUCAAAAAACAACAACAAAACGGUAAUGGUAUCGUUUCGGAACACUAAAGUUAACCAAAAGAUGGCAUAGACUCGAUUGUCUGAUAUUAUCUUUAGCUUGUUUUUUUUUCACAUUUAUUUUUCAAUAUGAGUAGUGUACAGAAUUUUCUAUGUUUUAGAUAAUAUCGCAAUGCGAUUAUGUACGUAUAGGUUAGGUAUGCAGGAGCAAAGAUCAAAGAACUUUCUGAUACUCUAACACGAUUCGAAUCCCUGUGAAACCCCAUGAAUGUUGAAUAAUAAAGAAAUGUUUUCAGAAAUA